AUGCGGGUCACAACAUCCUCGAUCCUGGCGGCCAUUUUGUCGGUGGCUCCCAUUUGCGAAGCCGCCAAAGCCGGUGUAGCAUAUGGACCAAAGUACUACUUCCCACGAGAAGUGAAUCGCGACUAUGGCUUUGCUGCUCCUGUAGAAAAGCGCGCUCCGCAAGUCGAUCCAGGUACUACUGUCGUCGUCGUCCCUGUAACUGUCUACGUAGAUCCUGAAGGAACCCGAUUCACGCUCGGAAAUCAACAGCCUACAGCAACCGUCGGCUCGGGAAAUGAAGACCCUGAAGAUACCCCUGAAUCAAACUCCUUCGGCGGAAUCAAUGUCGGGCCACCAAAUGUAUUUUCUGCUCCGUCGGUCUCAGUCUCGGGAACACAAGGAGUCUCAUAUGAGAAGGUUGCCCAGACAGGCUUCCCGGCUCAGACACCGACUCCGACUCCGACACCGACACCGACUCCGUCUCCGUCCCCAUCUAGCAGCACGAAACCCUUGUUUGAUGGCUUUCCAUCACUUAAGCUUCCGGACGCUGAUACUCCCUCUUCACCUCUUGUUGAUGGCACUGCCAGCACCCCGAGCUAUAGCGACACGGCAACUCAAACCGCGAGCGAAACACCCAGGGAAACGCCCAGCGAAACACCCAGCGAAACACCCAGCGAACCACCCAGGGAAUCACCCAGCGAAACACCCAGCGAACCACCCAGGGAAUCACCCAGCGAACCACCCAGCGAAACCCCAAGCCGAACGACAGAUGGCCCAAUUCUUUCUCUUCCAACUCUGUUCCCAAGUGAAGAGCCAUCGACCACUCCAGGAAGCGAAUCAUCUACCCCUUCGAGCACUAGGUCGGAUGUGACAGAUUUGACACCGCUUCCUACCUCCACUUCCACCCUGGGCCUUCCCACGCUCAGCAUUCCACCAAUUAUUACGCCAACCCCGACACCAUCCACGCCACCAUCCUCGACACCAUCCCCGACACCACCCCCGACACUGUCCCAGUCGUUGCCCAUCACAUCGGCCCCUGGCAAUUCCACUAUCCCGCCUUUCCCAACAGCCACAGAGUUGCCCCCAGACACCACGGCCCCUAUCCCGACCGACAGUAGCAGCACUAUCGUGAUACCCACCCCGACUACCACUCCGUCUGGCGUUUUCCCCAAUCCGACAGAUCGCCCAACAGGAUGGGUUCCGCCUAAUAACUCUACCAUUGUACCGUCUCCGACAAUCUCACCGCCACCGGCACCGUCGUCAACGGAAUCUGAUAUGCCAAUAUCUACGGAUUCGUUGACCUCGAUGAUCGUUCCGACAAGCAUUGUCUUCCAACCGACCCUAGUCCCGCCAAACCCAUCGGAAACGAAUAAGCCCACCGCCCUUCCUAGAAUUAUCUCUCCCGAGAUGGGCAUUCCCAAAGCACCAGCUGAUUCGAGAUUGAUUCAGGUCGGGUUCAACAGCUCACUCUCGUAUGAGUUUGUCGUUUCAAACGGGGCUUCGAAUCUUCAAAUCUUUACGUUCACUCCUAAGGGCGUUAGCUUCGGUUUACAAAUAUCAUUGGAUCUUGUCAAAGCGCAUUCCAUCCAACCUUAUGACACGCUACAAUCACGUAUGUACACACCUACAUUGGUCCUGAUGUAUAUCCCCGAGGACCUGGUCAACGAAUUAUCCCUCCAAAUCCAUAGCCCCUAUUCGCGCCUGUACCAGAACCCGGACCCGUCCAUCGCCAAGCUCAUGUCCAUGAUUGACCCGUCUAUCCCCCUCAUCCCGGGAGGAGGACCACUUAAUCAGCAAACUUAUGGUCCAGGCGGCGGCGGUAGCUCUACCGAUCGUCCAGGUAAUGGUAAAAGCGGCUCCGGCUCUGGCGGAGAUGAUGACGAAGCCGAAGGACCUGGCGGUUCAGGCGGAUCCUCCAACGUCAAGGCCACAUCCGUCGGAAUCGGUCUUGGCGUCGUUGGUGGCGCGGCAAUGUACGGCGCUGCGAUGUUCUUCGUAGCUCGCCGGUACCGCAAGAAGCGCAAGCUCCACCGCCGCACCAGCUCACUGACAAGCGGCAUGGGCGAGAUUGGUGUGGCUGUUUCCGCCCCUCCUGUACCGACUGCCACCGAUGCUUUGAUGAGUGGUGGUCGCACGGAUGGAUAUACCAGCCCGACCCCAUAUGCCACACGGGAUAGCCACAGCAGUGGCUCAGGCAGUGGACGGAAUCAAAUGAUCAGCGCGCCUGUCAUGACUGAGAACUCGCUUGGGUGGAAUUAG